AUGUAUAGUCUCAGGACCGCAACAAAGGUAUACAGCAACUUCGAGUUGACUGCCUCAUUGUUAUUGGGCCUCAUCUCAACCCUGAAAGAACAGAAAAGACGAGAACUUGAAGAUUGUCAGAAUAGUUCUACGAGUUCAGCUUGCUCUAGAGCUGUGUCUCUGGUAGGAUAUGUAUCAGUUCGCGACUACCGAGCGAUUGACUGCACCGACUGGAGCGCAGAAUCUCUCCCAAGCAAGAAGCUGCAUUCUACGAGCGAGGAAUUGGCGAUGUUUCCGACCACAAUGUCGACGUUUCGUACGGGUAUUACGGCUACAGUUACUAUGACGAAUAAUGUGCCCACAACUCUGGAAAUGAUUUCCGUUGCUCCAUCCACUGGUACAAUUACCAAGCCAGUGACCAUCACCGCUACCCCUUCAAGUGAUGCGCCUACAACUGUGGAGGCGGUUACGACUGCUUCCACCACUGAUACUUCGCACCUUUCGGUGACAGAUACUGCUGCUCCUUCGACUUAUGCCUCUAAUGCAUUGGAAACGGCUACCACUGCUCCUGCUACACAUAUAACCGCCAAGUCAAGAACCGGAACUGUUGACCCCUCUGCUCACACGCAUGCUAUAUCAAAAGUCAAGGCCAAUGACCCCUCGACUCACUCAACGAGCUUGACCACACCCAUCCUCCCAAGCACGACAAAUCCCCUGUUGCAACUUCUACAACUUCUACAACUCCCAAUAACCAUCCACCCACACCACUCCCCUCCUCCAUCAGAAAAUUCCGAACCCUAUUAACAUGGGCAUGGAUACCUAUCGGAAUCUUUAUUUUCAGUCACAUUUCCAGUCUGCUCCUGAUCACUAUAAAGC